AUGGUUCGUCUCGAAGAGGUUCCCGACGAGGAGAUCCUGCGACAGCAGCGUGCCUCGACUGCCGCUGCUGCUGCGGCCGACGACGAUGACUGGGAGGAGGAAGACGACUCGGAUGCCGAGUCCGACUUCUCUGACGACUCGGAAGUUUCGGAGCGCGGCCUUGCGCUCAAGGAGGAGACGGUGUGGGAGCGCAUCUCUGCGCUGCGCGACAUCAUUCCCCCUUCCACACGCCGCUCGAUCGCAUCCACAUUCAACACCACCACAUCCUACGCCUUCACCGGCGGGCUGCUGCUCGGCAAGCUCGGCUGGGUCGUCACCACCUCGGCGCUUCUCGUAGGCCUGCCCUUUGCACUCGCCGUCGAGGACGAGUCGAGGAUUGUGGCGCAGGAGAAGGAGAUGAUGGCCCAGCAGCAGGGCGCUCAACACAUGCUCGCCCCCGCAGGCGCCUCCGGCGCACCGGCACAGGGCCAGCAGGCUGGACAGUACCAGCCACAAGCACAGGCUCCCCAGGGCCUCCGUCCCCCCGGCUUCUAA